UUGACAGAAUAAACAAAGUCCAACAUGGCGCAGGGGUAUCAAUACUUUUACGAGGAUGAAGUUUACAGAUUCAAUAAAAAAGGAAAUUUGGAGCUUGGCAUGGUGCUUGAAAAUGCCGAAUUUGUUUCUAGCGAUGAGGAGUUUGACGUUGAUGAAGAAGACAAGGUGACCAAGGGCUGCAUUAGGGUGGCAUGGUACCCUAAGGGAGAGGAGCAAGUUCUCCCAGAAAGAAAGGUUGGCCUAGCAGACCGUUCAUUAAUGCCAGGUGAUGUUGUGCGGCGUCUUAUCAGGGGCAAAGACACGCAACGUGGCUACUGUCGUCAAGUUCAUGUGACCUCAAGUGUUCAAGUUGUAGGAACAAAGCAUGUGAUACUAAAUGUGGACAGCAACCAGUUAACACCCCUUGAGGAAUUUACUACAGAUAUUGCCGUAGCACUUGAUUCCUGGGUUGGGAUGGUCCACAUGGUCAAGUGUCGCCUUGUUAUGGUGUGUGGGGAUGGCUCAAGAUGUGUCAUGUCAGACAAUGAAGCUCUGGAGUUGGAUGAUAUGCGAGAUUCCAGAGAUAGGGUUAGAUUGGAUUCUGAGUUUCGUCGCUGAUUUUAUCCUGGCCAGCAGCUAGUUGGUACAGCUAGAGUUUUUGAAGAAGUAGAAUGGAUCCACAAAACAAGGGAAAUGGAGACUGCCCUUUCCAAGCCAUAUAAACAAAUCAAAGUCACCGUAGAACAAGUUCAGGUUGUGCAGCUUGGAGUUCGAUGGCAGUGUCGUGCAUUUUCAAAUGACCCUAAUGUAGACAAAGAACAGCCAAAAUUCCUUGUUCAGGGAGAAGACUUGAAGAGGGUGAAGAUGUUGAAUGUAUUUGAGCCAUGCACACUGCAGUUGGGCGAUCGAAAUUAUUAUAUACUCAGAGAGGGAGAUACAAUAAUGACCAGAGACCAGUGGAGGCGGCUAAUGGCUGGUCAGCUCACAUCAGACCACACUAAUCCUUGUCCAUUAAGACCAAGACCAGCAAAAAAUAAGUCAAAGAGAAAAGCGCGGUCAAUUUUAGUUGGUGCUGAAAACACAGAUGAAGAUGCUGCUCAAACGGAUGCCAAGAAAGUUGAAGUAGCAGAUACCUCAACGUCUAAUGGCAUUCAGGGUGCUGUUGGUGGCAUUAUUGAUGAAGAUACAAAGGGUGAUGAAACCCCUGAUAGUGAUGGUUUUAUUGACUUGGACACUGAUGACUGCUCUGACACAGCCUCCAUUAGUAGUGGUGCUUCAACUGGGUCUAUAGGUAAACGUAGUAAAAAAGGGCCAGCGUUAAUGACAAAGAUGAUGAAGAAGCGGAAGUUGAAACGUGCUAAAAGGAAGACACCCAAUGAAGGCCCCACUAUUAAAACUGGUGAUCAGUUGGUUGUAGAGACACUUAUGACAACUUCAAAAGCUGAUGUAGUUUGGCAGGAUGGGUCACUAGAAGAAUCCAUACUUUCAACUGUCCUCUACCCAAUUCAUCAUUUAGAUGACCAAGAGUUUUUCCCUGGAGACUUUGUAGUAGAGCAAAGAGAUAAUAGUACCAUUGAUCCACACGAAUAUGGCGUUGUGCAGAAGGUUGAUCAUGCGGGGAGGACAUCCAUUGUGAAAUGGUUUAGGACAUACACUGCAGGGAGUGAACCUCAGCCACAACUAUUGAGUGAACAAGAAGUUAGUGUAUAUGAUCUUCGGGAUCACCCAGAUUUCCGUUAUCGUCCAGGCUCAGUAGUUAUAAGAGUUGCAAAUUUUGAGGAAAAUCAGACUUGCUCAACUGGUCAGGUGCUUGAUAAUUUUCCCUCUGGUGAAGUCAGUGUCUGGUGGGUAGAUGGAAAAGUUUCUGUCUGUUAUCCUCAAGAUCUUUAUAAGGUUGGUGAAUAUGAUUCUGAUGAUGGUGAAUUAUGGGAUGAUACAGCAUCUGAUGAGUCUUGGGAGACUGAGAGUGAACACUCUGUUAUUGCAGAAGAAAGUGAGAGUGAGAGUGAAGGAGCUCUUAAGACAAGACUGGUGGCUAAUAUUGAAAAAGCAAGAAUAGCGAUGAGUCGUCUGGAAGAGAUUUUCACUCAGAAUCCUGCUUUACAAACAACUGCUGUAAUGAAGCAACUGUUAGAUUGUUACAAAGAGUGCAGGUAUAUGGAUAAGUUGAUGGGAACAAGUUUCUUCCAUGAAAGCAAUUUUCAAGGCCUCAUAGAAAAAGUACGCGAAAGAGGACGAGCAUCUGCAACCCAGAGAAUGACCGAGCAGAUCAAUCGCCUCUUUUCAACUUCGGAAAAUGAAGUUAGUUCAUUUAGUUCCGUGGGAAACUCUGCAGAAGAGAAUCAGCAACAACAGUGUGUCAUGAAAAAUGAUAAUGGGAAAUCUGAAGUCAUGAAAACUAAUAGAAUUAGUCCAAGUAACAAAGACUUGAAAAAUGCCAAAGAUGGAGGCUCCUGUAAUAUGGAGAGUGACUUAAUAUCAUCCAAAGAAGCAAUACUUAGUAGCACUGCAACAUUGUCAGAAAAUCUGGCAAAUCUCAGUCUUUCACAGGGUAAAUCUAGUCGAUCAGAUAAGGUCACUGAUGGAGGACGAACUAGGGGAGGGGAACUAAGACAUAAGAGAAUGAGCGAGACAGACAUGACUCUGCAUGAUAAAACUUGCAUUGAUUCUCGAAUGAAAGAUUCAAAGAGCUGCAAUGACCUAAAGGUACCUUUAGAAUCACAGAGUGGUGUCACUGAAGAGAUACGUACGUCACACAUGUGUGCUCAGUUGUGUUCACUGAUGAAGGCUCAACUGCUCAAAACUUACGAGGAAGUUGUAUUUCGAUUUGGAGGACAUUUUGAUAUGAGUCUUAUGCAAGCUUGUCAGGAUACAGAAGGUGCUCAGGGGGAAAACAAAGAAAACAUACAGAGUAAUUCUGUAUUCAUAUCCCAUGAUAUAGUACAGGAACCUGCUAUAUCAACUGAAAUGGACAAAGCUCAAGUGGUGGAGACAACCAUCAGAGAACCUGUUCCUCAUAAGAGUGAAGAUUUGGACAAAUUGAGUAACUGUUCAAUUGAUUUAGUAUCAUCAGUGUCAUCAGUUGCCAAUGGCAGCUUGUCCAUGACAAAUGGAAACAACAUGGAUGCAGCUAAUAGAAAUAUUAUAUCAGACGAGGCAGCCAAUGAAGCACUAAUAGACUCUAUUAUUGCAAAUGCUGUUGCAGCUAUCAAUGGGGAUGCUAUAGUUGAUCCAACAUCAAGUAAUAGUCUUGAUUCUGUACUAAGUCCAACUGAAGGAAGUGGACCACCAGUGGAAAACUAUGUUCCAAGCUCUGAACCAGAUGGUUUUCAAGUGUUGGAGGCAGCACCAGACAGCCAUAAAUUUAAGUUGACAAUGUUCCAGCCAACAGACCCAACUCACUUUUAUCGUACUGUGCGUAAAGAGAUGAAGCUUUUGAAAACAUCCUUACCAUCGGGUAUAUGGGUUCGAGGAUAUGAAGACCGCAUGUGUCCCCAAAAAGUAUUCCUCCAAAUGAAGAAUGAUCCUAGACCCAUCAUGAUUGAACAAGCGCAUUGUUUGCCAAGUUUUCCAGAUAGUUACUGUUGCCAUAAUUUUGUAUUUCUGUCCAUGAUCCGUGGACCAGAACGAACUCCUUAUGAAGAUGGGCUCUUUUUCUUUGACUUCCAGCUGUCGGCAGAUUAUCCUCGUGCACCUCCAUUGUGUCACUACGUCACCUAUUGCUCGGAUAAAUUAAAUCCUAACCUUUAUGAAGAUGGGAAGGUUUGCAUCUCUCUCCUUGGUACGUGGAGUGAAGGAACUGAAGUUUGGACUAGUCAGAGUAACCUCCUUCAAGUUAUCAUAUCUAUACAAGGUUUAAUCCUAGUCAGUGAACCAUACUUUAAUGAAGCAGGCUAUGAACGGCAGAAAGGAACUCAACAAGGGAGGGAAAAUUCUAGGAUGUAUAAUGAAAUGGUUGUUUUGAAACUGAUCCAAGCUAUGGCCAAAGUGAUUCAGAGUCCACCUGACAUAUUCAGAAAUGAAAUCAUUCAUCAUUUUCAGAAAAACGCAUAUAAGCUGGUACAAAGGCUGGAGUGUUGGCUCGAGAUAUCUGAGAACCACAACAAGUUGCAUCCUCUGUCCCCUACUACGCCAACAACCUUUAGAGAGAUUCAUCGUUCUGGUGAUGUGGAUUUGCCUGAGUUUCCUCUUAUCCCAGCCUCAAAAGGCUUUUGUAUAACUCUGAGAAAAACCUUGAAGCACUUUAAAGUCAUCCUAGAGUCUGUUGGUGUAUCUGUUGAUGACAGUACCAUGUCAGGUUCUUUCAGAGAAGAGGGAAAGUUACCAGUGACCCCUGUCAAUACACCCAGUUCAGAUACGAAACCUAGCACAUCCCCUUAUGUCGAGAUGGAUUCUGAUGAUGUUAAAGGUAGCAACUCGUAGCUAUUGUCCAAUUUUAGCUCCUUUAUCUUGGUUAUAAAUAAUGUUUUUAUUGAUAUUAUUAAUAUUCAGUGCCUGUGCGGGUUGUGGUGCUUGUUAAUUUUUUCAUGUUAUGGACAUUUAAAGAUUCCGAUCCUAUUCACUUAUAAGUUAAAUCAUUUUCCAUAUUGCAAUGAAGCAAAGAGGAGAUGAUAUUUUGCAUUUUCAAUAUUUUAUUUGAAUAUUUUUUAUCGGGCAUUUAUUAAAAUGAUUGCAUUAUACUUUAAUAAACUCUCUAUGCCAAAAUCUUUAUGAUCUUUAAUAGAAUUUAUGAAUGUUUGAUUUGUUGUCAGGAGUUAGUGUCAUAAAGUACUUAUUAAUAUAAGACCAUUUUGAGUGUGCUUUUCAAGAUGUUAUUUAUUCCAUUUUUGAUUUACUUUUGUUUUACAUUUAUUCUGUUAGAUGUUUUUCUUCAUUCAGAAAAUAUAAAAUAUAGGUGUGCUUACACAGCAAUAGAAUUCAGGAACUGUAUUUAGCUAGUCUGUGUGCUCUUUAUGUUCUGGGUGUCUGUGUAUUUCAUACAGCACAGAUUUUAUUCAUUUUAAUAGAAAGAAUGUAUCAUACACCUGCCAAGGUUACUCAAGGUUUAAUGUGUUCAGAUGGCAAAAAAUUACUGGUGCACACUUGUUGUUUUAUGUCAUUUGGUUUUAGUCUUUAUUGUUGAUAAGCAAACAUCAAUACGUAAAGGUCAGAAAUAUUUAAUGCUUGUUUCAACAUUAUCAGCAUUAUUAUAGUCAAGAUUGUCAAGUGUUUGAAUUUGUCAGUAAUUAGAGAAGGUGAAUUUGAAUGUUCAAACAGUAAUUACAACUUAAUAUUGUAUAUUUAUUUUUAGAAGAGUAAGCAUUAAGAUUAUUUUCCAAGAUUAUUCUAAGUAAACACCACACCCCAGACUAGUCAGCAUUGCUUGGCAUGAGUGUCAUAUAUUUUGUCUUUAGAUGAGAGUAACGUAAAUUGCUCUUUGGUCGCUUUUAUUAUAGGCUGAAAUAAAGAUUCCUUUCAAAAUGGGUUGUGAUGUAUGAGCCAUAAUAAACAGUAGCAUAGUAGUGCAUAUAGUGUAGGUAUGAAAUUUACUCUGACUGAUACUUUACUUUUGGUGUUUGUGGUUGUUUGCUACGGCCAAGUUGAGCUUCUAAUGACAUGAUAUGGUCAGCUGUAACUGGGGGCAUUUGAGCUCACUGAAACGGCUGGUCUUUUUCUUAUUUCACAAUUCAUUUUGAAUUAUAGAAAUCUGGCCAUUGCACUGGAAAUUCAAAGCAUUCUCAGUCACCUUCAUUGCCCAUUAUAAGAACUAAAGUGAAACUUAUGACAGAGGUUAUAUGAUUUUUGGGGGGUUUCCAUUCAUGUUGUACCUUUUGAUCACUGUUUUUAUUUCUCACAUCUGUGAGUAAUGAAGUCAGUUUAUAUUUUCAGGGAAGAUGUUGGGUUCUGAAGGGCCUUCAUUUGACAUCACAGUAAUGUACUGAAUGUGCAGUGAAAGAAGGAAGUAGAAUACACAUUUUUACAAUAUAAAUUCUCUGGUAUUAGUUCCAGGUACUUGAGAUUUUAUUGGCAGCCUAAUAUUGCUUUUCAGAAUUCAGUUACGUAUUCAACUAGUGGGCAAUGUAAUUCAAACAUUUAAAAACUCCUUAAUGAUGAAAUAUUCUACUUUUAGUAUACUGUACCUUUCAUCUACGUAUAUGUAUUGUUAAAUCUCUUUUUAUCAUCUGCAUUGGUAUCAGUGCCUCUGCAGGUUAUACAGGUGCUGAAUUUAGUAGAUUAGAACUUUUUAUGGCUAUAUGUACAAGAAAGCUAUUGUUAAAUCUGAGUCAAAGGAACUUUCUUUUAUUGGUAAUGCCAAAUAUGAAAAUGUCCAAAUUUUUGUUAUGGUACAUGUCAGUUUUUAAUAAGUUAAUAUAAUCAUAGAAAUUAAACUGAUCUGUAUUAUGGAUACUGUAAUAUGAUUAUGAAAUGUUGAAUUCCAGUAGAUAUGUCUGUCAUCUCUCAUUUCCUUAAUUUAUUUGUAUCAUCUUUUCUAGUUUCUUAAAGUGUUCGCUGAGAAAGAGCUGACACUGGGACAUAUCUUUUGUAUACAUUUGCUACUUGUUUAGUUUACUGUAUCGCCUGUAUUUCUUAAGGUAAGUUUACUUCCAAUAUGUUCAUUGAGGGAUUUAACCUUUGUUGAUUAGAUUAUGUAGAAAUCACAAUACAAUUUUUUUUCAUUUGCUUUCAUCAUAUUUUUCCAAAUAAACAUUGUUGUACAUAUUUUUUUGUAAAAUUGAAUUUUUUACUCAAAAUAAAUAUUUAAUCAUAUUAAAAGAGCUUUAAUUGAGUUAUAAACUUUUUUUCUAGACUUUAUAUUUGCAGUCCUGUGUUGUGCAGAUGUAUGUAAGGAAGUCAAACAAUAUUUCAUGCAAUGUUGAGAUAUUUUUAACCAUUCUAUAUUAUUUUAAUUUGUUUUAUUUCAUUAUUUUAUUAUUUAAUUCAAAAGGUAAAUGGCCACUGACAUUUUGCUUUCUGUGCUGAUUUUUCUGUUAAGUAAGAUUCCGGGAGAUGCACAUUCAAAAUAAGAGCAGGAGCGGGUGGAAGUUUGUGUAAUGUACUUUUAAAAGGUUUUUAGGAUGAUUGAUCUUUUAUUUUGAGCAACCCAUAGGCCAAUCAAAUGGAGGAUUAUUUAUCCAUUUAUUUAUGUAAAGAAAAAAUAUUUUGCCCGCUUUAUAAGAAAUCCAGUGAAAUCGUCUGAAUAUUGUUGACCUGUAUUUUAAUGUUUGUCAAACUCCUUCCUUGUAUGAAGGCAUAUGUAAGUACACUUCCUCUGACGAACAAUAAAGAAAAAUCCAAACAUGAUAAAAAAUAUGAGCUGACGGAAGAUUAAACAAUUACAUGUACAAUAUUAAUGAUAUACUUUACUGCCUAUGUAUGCAAAUUCACUUUAUACCACUACACCAGAGGUUAUUUGAAAGGUUGCUGUAUCUUUCUUUAGUAAAAAGUGAAAGAAGUUUCGUACUUUUUUGCUGUUAAAUUUGAGUUUAUCAGUUAAGCAGCCAGAAUUUAGCUUCUUCUGCAGAGUUCUGAUUUUAAAUUUAUACUGAUUUUAAAAGGUUAAGAAUGAUAAAAGUAUUAACAGUAUAAUGAUAAUAGUGAUACUGUUGUAAUUGCUACUGUCUAAACCUUCAAUGACUUGGCACAUGCACAUCACUCAUAGUCCAAGAUAUUGGGAAAAGGGCAAAAAGACAGUCUAGGUGCUUUUGAAAUUAAUUAAUAUUUUUAUCUUUUCUUUUGUUUAAUCUGACAAAGUGACAUGUAAAAUAAACCACUGGCUAGCAAAUACUGUAUGCAGUAAUUCUUGUCUUCCUCAAUUAAUCUAGUUUGGGUGUUUAGUUAUAGCAACAGUGUUAUCGUCAUUAAGUGGUGUAAAAGACUAGUAAAUCAUAUUUUUUGUAUCAUCAUCAACAUUUUAUGUUAGCUUUUCGCUUUGUGGGUUAAAUAAGAAACCAGCUCUUUCCCUGCCACUUCUUUUUGGGAAUAAAUGUUACUAUAGAUUUUAGAUUAGAAAAUUAGGUUCAAGCUCCUAUUUCGAUAACAUGGUAGUUUACUGUAUUAAAUCAGUAAAUAAUUUACUUUUAUUCAUAACGUCAAUCGUUUUCAUUAAAGUUUAAAGGCCAGGCUUUGUGGAAUAAUGCAUCUGAGUGCAAUAAAGUGAAACAUUAAAUCAACUUUUGUUUUGUGGUUGUCUUCUUUCCAAAAAGAAUACCACAUUGAAGUAAUAUCUUAUCUUCAAAUUGGUCUCCCUCUUCUAACCUAUGAUUGUUAAGCUUUUGUCCAGCUUUUUUUCAAAAUCCCCUGACAAAGGAUACUAUGCAGGCUUAGAAAAUCCUUGGCUUACUAUACAGCUUUUUGCUCAUCUGAACACUCAUCUCCUGUGAUCCUACAAGAUAUGUAUCAGACUACACUAACCACAGCUUCUUCCUUUUUGUGAUCAACUCGGUGCAAAUUUACUUUGUAGAGAGGCUUUCCAUGUAAUGCUUAUGAUGGCUAACUAGCAGAAGUGGGCUCUUGGAGCUUCUAGCAUUUGCUUUUCAAGUGGCUCAUCCAAUACAUCAACUAAGUCUGAUGGCCUCCUUAAGAAGAGUCUCCAUUCUCCAGUGUGAUGAUAUCCUACAUAUUUGUGAACAUUGUUAUUAGGAAGAGUGAUAGCGUCACAUGCCUUUCUGCCUGCUGUUUUUGUGACUUGCAAGAUCAAUAUGCAGAUCUCAUAGGCCCCAUCUCUUUCUUUCUAGUAAGGAGCUAUACAUACUCUGUGUCUACACAGACAGUCAUGGGAAGAUGACAGGAAAGGUUUUCAUUUUCUCUGCUCCUCUUUGUUCUAGAUGUUACCAAGAACCCAUGACACGCAGGAUGCCGAUAAGACAUCUCAUCAACACUACUCCCUCCAGACCUUCAUCCUUUAGUGAAUGCCAAUUAUCAUUUUAGACUGAAAGGUACUUCAAGAUUUUGCCAGUGAUUUCUUUAGAAAAAUGUUCUGUAUUGUGUGGUAAUUCCACCUUUCACAUACAUAAGGAAACAAAAGAAGAACAAAAUCCAAAACCCUCUGCUUGCUUGCAGUAGUUAUCUUGGAUCAUUUCAGGAUUCAUUUCAGGAAAUUACAGUAUGAAACUGAAUACUGGGCAGGUGAGAUUGUUAUUUCCCUUCCCCAAGAUAUCUGCCAAGCUCUUUUGUCAUCUUCAGGAACCCUGUCAAGAACCUGUUUCUUACCCUCCUGAAUUUGAAGAUGACAAUCUACUUCCUUCUGAUCAAUCCAGCAGCUUUGAAGACAGAUGCAGACGUGCUUUGGGAACAACUUUGAAGGCUAUGCUUCUCCUUUUGGCCUUUUGAUUUGUGUUUAUACUAUAUUUAGUGCUCUACAAAAAUCUCCCUUUAACUUUAUUAGUAAGUCACUGGCCUCAACAAUAGUUCCUCAACCUUCUCACCCUCUAGCUAGAUACUACCCAAAGUCUACCCAGAUAAGAGAAGCCUCUGUGAAACCUCACUUCAGAAGAUUUCAGCAAAAUCCCAGCAUGCUGCCAGCUUUUCUUUCUUUUGCUUGCAACUUCUUUCGUAAAGUCCAAAUGGUUGCCUUGCUGGAUUUUUCUGCUGUUCAGUUUGCUAUGCCAUCUCUUUUGACCCAGGCAAAGAAUGAGGACCACCACCACCUUUCCAUAGUCAGAGCCACCAUGGUUUACCUACCUAAAACAUGUGUUCUAAGAGUAAGUACAUCUCAUUUGCUUUUGUUUCUUAAGAUCAGAUGCAAAUUUCGAAAAACUUUAUUUAAUUGUGAUUCAGAGGAGUCAUUUUUAGAGCCAUGAGGAUAUAUGAGAUCAGACUUGUCAACCUAGGUCAAGGGUCAUGUGAUUAGGGCACUCUCUACUUAACUCAUCUUACAAGAAGCUUGAGUAUAGCCUCUUGUUUUGAUCAUAGCAACCUUGAGGUGUCCUUUUACUUUUACGAGAUUUUAUGUGAGGGAUGUCACCCUCAAGUUUAUGUACUCUGCAGGUCAAGGUGAAUAUAUUUAUUAGGAAAAUUCAGGUGCAAUUAGUUUAUAUUCUUGUUACUGUAAUUCAUUUCCUGGUAAUCCUCUCAGUCAUAGAUUUCCUACAUCAUUCACUUCUCCACCUAUCAUAGCACCGUAGCUAUGAUUUUCUUGUAAUUCUGCUAAUACAACUCAAUAUUUUACUUUAUCUUUAUGUUUUAUCCAAGACCUUUAUGGAUUAGGUGCAUUGCAUGUCUCUUCUCCUGCAUUAAAGCAAAUCAGCCACAUUCUCCUUAAGUUGCUAUGCAAGCUGAGUGAAAGCACAAAGUUUUAAUGAAACAAUAUAUAUUUUAGUACAAACCCAUUUCCCUUAUCUUCUUAUCUCACCUUCCAGCCUCUCUGCUUUUUACAAGCAAAUUAUCAUCAUAUUCCAAGUUUUAAGUUUUUAGGAAUUCACACAGAUGCAUGGAAAGAUGAUUACAAGUAUGUAGUGUGUUUAUGUUAAAAAAAUAAUUUUGCUUUAAUAGAAAAUAAAAUAUUUAAACAAUUUGUCGAAAAUUUAACUGGAUGUUUGGUUUUUUAUUACUAUUGAGAAUAUUAGUAUUGUGGUGAUCAUAGCAAAAUUUCAAGUCAAUUGUGUUUAUAUUCUUUUGAUAGAAAUCAAUUAUGAUAUUAUUUUGCAUUUUUUUAAAUACUGCAUCAGUUGUUGCAAACACAUUUGUGUAGGAUGCUAAUAUCAAUACAAAUUGGUACACAAUACCAAUUUAUUUCUUGUUAAUGUAUUUUGGAAAAUUUGUUAUUUUUGCAUUUGGUAUUUUUCCAAAUAUAAAAAAUCACAAAGAAUAAAAAAUUAGUCCAAAAAAAAAAAUUCUUGUUUUCAGCAGUAUAUUUUGUGUGGGAGUUAUCCAUAAAUAGCAUAUGAGUUGGUACAUACAUAGAAAGAAUAUAAUGUUCAGCUAUCACCUUGCACAGAUUUUGCAUUCGUCUUAUAUUUUCUUUAAUGAGGAAAAUGGUGGAACAGAUUACUGGUAGGGUUCCAGUUUCCAUUCAAAUAUAUUGUAUUGCAAGCAUGGUCUUUCUUCAAACCACUAUUAUGCAUUAAGAUACCUGAUGAGUGCCAAGUAGGAUUUUUUCCUUUGUUAUUAUCAUUAAUUACACAAUAAAAACUCUUGUGAGAGUUUAGAUGCAUUCUAGAGUGCUCUGAGACUUUUGAAAUUUUCUGUUCCAGAAAAAUUUGUGGAAGUUAAUGGUAUUGACACAUUCAAGUAGAAUGUUUGAAGUAAAUGUUUAUACUAGGCAGUUUGUUGCAGAUCCUUAUGUUUUCAGUGCUUUGUUCUUUAAUCAGGUUAUGCAGAAGAUCUUGGCAAAAAUAAUAUGAAAAUAUUUAGUAUAAAUUAAUAAAGCUUUAUAAGCACAUUCAAUGAUUUUAUAAAGCUAAUAAAUAUUUGGCUAUAAACAAAAUAUGUCAUACUUAUUAUGUCUUAUUUUUGCUAAAAUGGAAUAAAUGAAAAAUUUAUUAAAUUUUAGAAAUUAUAAUUUUAUGCUUGAUAAGGCACAAGCAUAUCAAAUUGACAAGAUAACAAGAUACAGUAUUGCUUUUAAUCAGAAUAGUGUGGUCUUAAAUCUACAGCAUGAUGAAACAAUGAAAAUGUUUAGGAUAUGCUGGCAGCUGUAUAGUGUUGACUAAAAAUAGCCAAGAGAAAGUAAAGUGAAUGAAGUAAUACUAUUUUUGCAGCUAAUAAUGCAUUUUAAGUAUCAGAUGGUAAACAGAGAAAGAAGUGACCAUUUGUGUGUUUUCCAUAAUUCUUCACUGCAAAUGAUGUAGUAAUUAGUCAUAGGCUGUCUAUCUACAUGCUAUUUGGUAGAACAAACACAAUCACAAUUUAUUCAGAAAUUCCAAUGUGAUGUACAUAUUAGUUGAGCCUUACAGAAUCAGGUAAGCUUUGGUUUUUAGGUAUUUUUUGGUCUACUCCCAAAAACUACAUUUUUGAUAAGGGAGUUUACAUACAAAAAAUUAUGGCUUUGUAAUGUGCAAUAUAGUUUCUCACAGAUAUUAUGUAGUGUUUCGGGCCAUUGCUUUAGGUGUUGAAUUAUUUGAUGAAAAUAUUUAAUUUUUUUGUGCUUAAAGAUAAGUUUAUUGUUUUAAGCAAGUUACUAUAUGGUACUUAUGAACAUUAUUGGUGUUUGAAAAUAUAGAGUACCCAUAUAGGCUAGAUAUUUGUAACCUGGAUUUUGACUUGUAUUCAGGAGAAUUUAAUGUUAAAAGAGGUUGCUGAAAACAUAACCCUCAUGUGCUCAAUGGCCUUCUUGCCCUAGUGCCUGGACUUUGGCCUUAAAAAAUAAAAUGCCUACAGCCGCCAAAUAAAAAGCUGACUGUAUAUUGAUGGGUUCAAGUCUCCAUCUGGUGUGGGUUUUAUUCCCAUGGCUUUUGAUAAAGAAAGUGGGUAACUGGUAACUCAUAAGUUGAGAGUGCUUCUGCUGCCACUGAAUGACUGUCAGCAAUAUUGUUCGUAGUCAAGAUUGUAAAAGUAUACCACCAAAACUUUUUCAUUUAUAGUUGUUACAAGUGCCAUUAAAGAUAUAAAAAAUUAUGUAUUAGAUCAAACUUUUUAAAGCUAAUAGAAAUUUUGAAAUCCAUUUAAUUUGUGCUUAAGUAUUUUGUAAAAGAAAGGAGGAUGCUAAUGAAACUGCUUUUGCAUUGACUGGAUCAAGUACAGCGGCCCCUUUGAAUGAACAUCCAUAAUGCGAUUUAACAGGAUCCAGCUAGGCACUAGAAAUUAUCCUAUUGUUAAGACCGAAGGUUUGUAGCUAUGAAAAAUACAAAUUCUUAGAAAAUUUGUCAUUUUUUAAUUACAAAAAGAAAGCUCAGAUAGUAAGCUUUUCUUGCAUUCGAUUGCUAUGAAUAAAUUUCAAAGUAAUAGCUUACAGUCCAUUGAUUUAUUUUUAUUUGACACAGGUUAUAAUAAUAUUUUCAAGAUUUUAUGUUUAUCAAGGCUAAUUUUGGUUUUGCAUCUUUGAACUGUCAAGCAAAGUUGUCAUAACUGAAUCGUACUUGCUGCGUACAGCAAAGUUUACUCCCUCUCUGUGACAUGUCAGGAGGGCAGUACAUACUUGGCAUAUCAGUUCAUGUAUAUUUUACACGUAUUGACAGAAUAUAGUAUAUCAGUUCAUUUGGAUUUCAUGUCAGUGGCUCUUUACCCAUUAAACAGAUAGUGUAUUGAUUUCUACUGUUUGUCCUUUGAUACUUCCGGUAAUCAUGGCUUAUGUAAAGGUAACUUUUUUUAAAGUUUUUUUUUUUUUUUUAAGUGAAGUUAUAAAUGCAAUGUAGAUUUUAAUACUCUAUUGUCUUUUUAUGUAUAUUUGUAAUGUCCUCAGGAUUGAAUACGAAUGCAUCAUAACACUGUUAUUUUCAUAUACGUAUAUGAAGAAAAAUUGCUGUUCAUGAUAUUGGAAGGCAAUGGGGUGGUAAGUUUUUCUAACUAGUACAGAUUUAUAUUACAUUUUCCUGUAUUUUACAGGAAAGAUAUACAUUACGCAAUUUUUGUUGUUAUAAUAUGUUUUUCAUAUGAGAUUACUUAUAAUUGCUUUACUAUAAUAUUAAGACAUUUACAGUAUAAAAGGCACUUAAUAGUUUUAAUUAGGAUAAUUCACUGUAAUUAGUGUAUAUAUUCUUUUUUAGUGUAAUAUAACUGUUUAUGGUAUCUUAAGAAAAUUAUAAUAUACACAUUGUGCAAAUCAGUUAUUCAUUUGGAAGUUUUAGGAACUAACCUCAGUGGCUGCUUACCUGUAAUGCAAAAAUGAUGCUCUUCACCCUGGGAUUCUUAGCAAAUGUCGUAGGUUUGUAUAGGUCCUUUUUAUAACUUUUUUUUUAUUGUAAAGCCAUUACUUUUCUUAUUAUAGAUUUCAUUUCACAGUGUUCAGUUUUGGAAGGAAGUGCAAGUAAGAUCAUUAGAAAACAUACGUACUCUAUUACAGUGGAACUUAUGGCAUAUAUAUGCUGCUAUAUUGAUAGAUAAGUAAUAAAAAAUUAUUAGGGUGAGUUUGCAGUCAUUUAAAUGUGUAGUAGAGGAGGUGAACAGAAGUCCUGACAUCAUCAUUGAGGCAUGAGAGAUUAAAAGCAGUAUCAUCUCUUGACUUAUAGGCAGGAAGGUGAAUGAAUCUGCAAAAUUUGCUAACGUAAUCAAAGCAAAGUAGGAUAAGUUCAGAAGGGUUCUUUGUAGCUUUUGAUAAAGCACACUACUUAUAAGAACUUCAACUUCAGCUCUGAUAAACUAUUGUGGUCUACUUAAUUACUUAGUUUGUAGUGUUGAUUUUUUGUAAAACAUGAUAGUUUUCAUUCUCAAUCAUUUAAUUUAACAUACGUACUGUAUUUUACUUUUUUGUAUAUUUUUUUCAGAUUUUUUUUAUGUAGUUCCAUUCUUUUAUCAGCAAUUUGACUGAAAUUAUUUUAGUUUAAGUUUGAAUUUUAAACUUCAGUCAUUCCAAGUGUUGCCAGGCAUUUUCAUUCUUUGAAAUUUACUCUAGGUUUGAGUAAUGUAAAAGUAGUUUAUUAUUGUUAGAUAUAUUAACCAGACCAUGACAUAGUUUUUGGAACAAAUGAAAAUUUCAUAUUUAUGGUUGAAAUGUAAAAUGUCAGGCCUCAUAUAAUGAAGAUCUAUAUUUUAGUCACAGGUUACAUUGAAACCUAUUGGAUAGUCUUAGUGAAAGAGUCUGCUAAUGGCCAUUUUAUCUAAGUAUCAGUGUUACAGUCAAAAUUCUUUAAAAAAUUGCUUGAGAGUAAAAUUAAUUAGAAUAAGCUUUGUUACAUUUAUUACUGGCCAAAUAUUGACAGAAAGGUUUUUGUGCUUGGUCUUGGGCAUUCUCAAGUUUUUUUCUCUUAAACUUCAAGAUAUUUCUCUCUCUCUCCUCUUCUCUCUCUCUCUCUCUCUCUCUCUCUCUCUCUCUCUCUCUCUCUCUGGUUUCAUUUUAAAGUGAAAAUCUGCAUCGUGUUGUGAAUAAUAUAGCCUUAAACAACUUUGAAGAUGUUUUUAUAGCAAAAAAAAAUGAUUUAUUGAUACCAGAUAAAUGUUAGUUUCCCUAAGUAAUUUAAAUCCUUGGUAAUCAUACGUUCAAGGGCUUUGUUUUGAAAAGUUACUCUAACUUAUAUAAAAUUUGAAUGCAGAAAUUUUAUCAGGAAAUUUUUUGUUUUACAUGUAUUAAAUUUUCCUAAGCAUUAUUGAUAUGUUAAUCUUCCCAUGUUCAGAGAUUUUUGGCCAGCCUAUUAGCAUUGACUGACUCAGUGGAAUGGUUAGACUUAUCCUUUGUGAUCUGUUUAGCUUUAGUUACUGGACUAAUUAUCCAAUUAUGGUUGAAGUUCAUCCAUUAGAAAUAUAAUAGAUGUAGGUUUUGCAAGGAAGGUUCUUGUACCCUUUAUAGCAAAUUUGUAGUGUAAACUUUUUAGUUUUCAAAUGUAACAGUUUAGCCCAUGUAGUAAUUUUUCUUGGUGUGAGUAAUAAGAUCCUAACAAAGUUACUACUGAGGUAUAGUAUAUAAUUUUUGUCUCCUAUUUAUGUAGUUUCAUUGAAAUGUUUCUCUACAGAGCAUUAAUUACAGGAAGCCUAAUUUGUAAUGUCAUGUCUGUCAAAAAGGGCCAUGAAAUGUAGUUGUACAGCAUAUCUAUGAAGUCACCUAAUGGUGAAGUGUGAGUUAAAUCUGAUCAGUAACUUUUUAAGCUUGAAAUUAGAAAAGCAACAGAUUUGUGACAUUUUAAUAUUUUCAUUUUAUUAGCUCUUAUAGCAUUGCAUGUGGAAAAAGGGGAAAUGUACUGUUGCCAAGUUUAUUAAUGUUUGUUUUACUGUCUCAAAAAUAGCACUGAUGGUUUCUGGUUUAAGUUAUGCCUAAGAUUAUUGCAGUAUCUUUCAAAUUGAAUUUAUUUAUGCAUUGAUGGUAACUAGAAAUAUUAUAGAUAUCUAUAUCAAAAUUUGAUUCUCUUACAGUGUUAUCUUUUCAUGACAGAAAUGAAAUAGGAAUGAUAAGUAUGUCGGGUUUUACUUUGCUGACAUUUCUUAAAAUAUAGUGGUACGUACAGUAUUUAAUGAGCUCCUAAUAUUGUUAUAUAUAUUUAUAUAUAUAUAUAUGGUGUUUGAAGUUGAACUGCCAAAUUGAUCAUGUAGUAUUACGAAAGAAUCCUAUAUUUUAUACCAAUGUAGUGAAGAAAACAAGGGAUGGCCAACGAGGGUUGAGUAUUAAAAAUAUCUUGAAAAUAAUAUAAAGUUAUCUACUUCUAGCAUUUUUUACUUGUAUCACAUCAUCUACUGAUGCACGGAAUAGUUAGUUCUUGGAUAAUAAAAAAGAGGAAGUAACGAAAAAUCUUUUUUCAUAUUUUUCUCUUAAUGAAGGCUUCAGGUUUAAAUAGUCAUUACCGUCCUAAGACUAGAAGAAACCAAAGUAUAAGCUAUAUUGCUUUAAGUUCCAUUUUGCUCGAACUAUAUACAAUGUAUCGAUAUAUGCAACACAGCUCAUCAUUGCUGAUGGUCCUUUGUUUUGACAGUUUUAUAAUCUUGUUAAAUAGGCAAAAUAUGCCAUGGUGAUUAUUGUGGAGUAGUAGCAAAUGACCUUUUUGUUGAAGGUCAGGUUUCCCUUCCUAUACUAGUCAGAUAAUGGUAUCUCUAGUGGACGUGAGAGGCAGUAGAAUUUUGUUGAGUAUAUAUGUAUGCCAUUGUGUAACUUGUGCUUUUUUACUUAUGAAUAUUGAGGAAAAUAUUCCUUUAUGUAAAUUGUGAUUUUUUACUUUUAGAUAUGAAGCUAUUUUAUUAAAGGUGUCCACUAAAGUGAAUCUCACUAGGUUACAGUGCCACUUUUCAAACAUUGUGGUACUAUAAUCAGUAUCUUUGUGUAUGCACAGCACCAAGUUGCAAAGUUUGUAUGUGAUAACACUACUGAUAAUGAUUGCACAGUAAGGUAUUUGGGAACAGAUUGUUAAUGUUUCUAUUGUGAUAAUAAGGACUUUUUUCUUUUUGGAGGAUGAACAUACUGUUUGUAUAUACAUUUUAUUCCUUUACAGUUGAUAAAUUUACAGUAUUAUAACUGUAAAUCUUAUACAGUAGCACUCAUACCAGUAUGUCAACAACAUUGGCAUCCACACUAAAUUUCUAAUAUGUAUAGGCUCUGCAAAUUAUGUGAUUCAUUGGUUAUUUUCAUUCUUCUGACAAAAUUACAAAAAGACUGCAAUAUUGCAUAGAAGUCAUUAGCAGCUUUAUGGUCUGAAUUCUUAAGUGUAGGUUAACAGUAGUUAUUACCAAAGUAUGUGUAAGCUGUUGAAUUCUGUUUAUUUUAAAUGUAUGGAAAUUUCAUCUAAAGCCUAUCUGAAUUUAUUUAAAUGAUUGCAUUUAUAUAGAUGGAUGCAUUUGCUUGUAAUUUCUCUUAUCUAAUAUUGUGUUAUUGAUUGUUUAGCUUUGGCAUGAAUAUUAUAUAUGAAAAGGAUGGCUGUUUCCCAAAAAAUGUAAUGUGAUGUCUAUUAUACAGCGCAAGAAAUUCUGAGCACAGUAAUUCAGCUGCAUACAGUUGUUGACAUACACUUCCCUAUUUAAUGUCCUAUUGAUUAAUGCUCAUACGUCUUUGCUGUCUAAAAUUCGUCUUAACUCAACUAAUAUUUAUUUAAAUAGUUUCACAUUUUUGUUUUUAUUUUUCCAGUUUUUCAUUAACUUUUUCUAGCCUUUGACAAAGAAAGACAGCAAAGUCAGAAUUCAUGCACAAAUGUUUUAUAGUUUGUCUCGGGGAAAAUGUUAAUUACGUAUAGGAUUAGUAUUUGGACUCUUACUGUUGUUCACUGUAAGCACAGAAUGAUUGAGCAUGAGAGUAGUUGAGCUUGGUAUGGAUAAAUUGCUUUAUGAUAAAAAUUACACCACUGUAAAGGUCGAGAAUUUUGAAAGGGUAAUCAUGCAAUGGGCCUACUUUUAGGAAUCUCUGGAAUUAAUUGUUGCAGAAUUUAUAAUUUUUCUUUUGGUGUACUCUGUUUUUUCCAGUCCAAUGAAUCUAGGUAAAAGGUCAAGAACAAUAGUAAGUUGCAGAAUGUGUGUGAAUGUUGUCUUAUAAUUCUUGAUUGUACUCACUGAAAACAUUCUCUUGGCUAAAAAGGUUUUGAAAUGGCACAGACUUUUUGUCAGACAUCCUCUCAAAGGAGGAUUUGUUUGAAAGGAAUCAAAAUAGUUUUAGACAGAGUGAACAGUUAUAGUGACUAGGUUUUUGAAAGCUGUGUCUUACAGUUCCAUUGCAGAAAAUCCAUAUGAAUAUAGAGAAAAGCUUUGAGGAAGUAUGAAAAGAUCUUGUUGAGGACAUUCAACAAACAUUUGAAUAUUAUCAUUUUGAAUGCUAUCAGAAACAACUUUUUACUUUUCAAAAAAACUAGUACUGAAACUUUUUCAAUUAUUCAUCACAUAUAAGACCUGAGGAUUAUUUAAUUUAGUGGGAAGAGGUAAAUAGCCUCCACAAAUUAAAAGUCAUUGCUGCCUAUGCCAGUUUUUUCAGUUCUCAUGUUAGUGAUAAGGAGGCAUCAUUCUCUCUAAUGGGAAAUAAGUACAAUAUUUCUUACUGGAAAGGCCAGGUUAACAUGAAAAGAGAAUGUAUGGCAAGUGACCACUCUUCAUGAGCAGUUUGAAACUGUGUUUUGGGCAGUACAGUUCAAUUUGAUAGCAGGUCUGAUCAUUAUUCACUGUCCACAUAUGCUACUUCACAUUGUGAGUAUAGUAGGAGGUCUGAUUUGUUCAGAGCAGUUCAUAUUGCCAUAACCAUGAGGGAGCGCUUUGUGGCACUUUAACAAUCCAAUGACCAGCAGGCUUCCAUUUCCAUUUUAGUAAAUGUUCUGAAGUUUAGAUUAAGUAUAUGAGCAUAUAUACGAAGACAUAAGCUGAAGGCUCUUUAAAUGACUUCCUUGGUUAUGAGUAUCUGCUUUGGAAGGUUUCUAAACAGGCCAACAGAAGCUUGCUAGGAAGCCAUUCCAUUACAGUUAAGUAAAAAUUUUUCCUCAGAAAUGACUUCUUGUCUAUAGGAAAAGAAAUGAAAAUACAGAGUUUCACAUGAUCCCUAAUGAUUGUAAUGGGCUUGAAUUAGCAAGCUUAAUGAUCAAAUCUGGGUAUAAUAGGACACAAAAGACACUAGUUCUAUCCAGAUUAACCAAUUGUCCAUGGAUACUCGAACACAGAAACUGUUUGUUCACAGCUUACAAUCAUCACUUUGUAGAUUGUAUGGAUGAUGCCGAUUUGACAGAGACAGGUAUAUAAAAUGGCUUCUGGCAGCCCAUUCAAAAUUCUUGAGACCUCUAGAAUCCUAGAAUUACUGGGAGACUACGGGCUGCUCUAUGAGCAAGAGCCCGUGCUGGCAUAAGUCCAGCUUAUUCUCAAACAACUACUCUGAGAGUGUGAUACCAUCUAACAUCCAUCAAGAUGAAACUCAUGUCUAGUUAUCAACAUCUUGAAGAUUGCUUAGGAAAAACCAUCAUCCAGGGCUGACAAGUGUAGAAUGAUCUAUAUACCUUAGCUCUUCUGUGGCACAAUGAAAAUUUGUUUAUUGAAUCCCAUGGAUUAUGGUAAGAUCAUGGAGGAAGUCCUGAAUGGAUUUCUGGUACUUGGGGAAAUAUGCUGAUCCAACACUAGCCAAGGCUUCCUGACCCAGUUAAGUAUUUACAUGUAGGGUUACACUUCUCACUGGUUGUGCAUCUUCGUUAGUCUCUAGUUUUCUUUUCUAGAUAAUGGUUAUUAAGAUCAUUGUUACUCUUGGUAGCCAAGCUAUUUGUGGUGGUGGUGUUGGUUGUUAGUACUAUUGUUGCAACCCAUAUGUUGAUUCCUUUUGAAGGUAAAUUGGCCCCCCUUCUAGGGCUUAGUCUGCAGGAAUGGUUUGAACUGUCCUUUCCUGACUGGUUCUUAUGUUAAACCAAGCAGUAAUUUGCUGUCUGGUAUACGUACUAAAUGAAACUGUUUUUGGCUGAUGAAAGAACUGGAAAAGCCAUAGAUGGGUGCUUGUGGUUCCCCACCUUAGAGUAGUGAAUAUGGAUGUUUGAGAUGGUGCAGUGUUAAUGGGAUUGUUCUUUAAGAAAUUUUUUUAAAAGCAAUUGCAUUAGUCAAAAAAAUGUUUGUGUCAGAAAUAUUUGGCCUAUGUUAAGAAUAACUUGAUGAUGCUGUUGCAUGGUCAUCAAGAGCCCUGAAGACUAAUAACCUAAUUGGCAAGCAUCCCAGCUUAGAGUAAAGUUAAGCUAUUAGGGCAUCAGGUAUUCCUCAAAUUUGACAGAUUGGCACUGAAAACUUUGACAUUUUAGUCUCUACAAAUUGAUUCACUAUAUUCUGUUAUACCAUAUGAGCCACAUAAAAAGUAAAUCUCCUAGUUUGCAGCACAGUCAUGAUAAUAGUAAGCAUCCUUUGAUUUCCUGCUAAAAGCUUGUAAACCUACCAGAAAGGGAACUAAGUAUGUUCAACCUUUCUGAAGUGUAUGGUAAGUUUAACUGCUCCUAUUUGUAGUGACUGUUGUGGCAUGUUCAUUCAGGAAAUCAAAUCCAGUAAUUGGAGGAGAGCGCAGUGCCAUUGUUGAAUAAGGGAAUUCUUAUUCACAGCAAAAUAAUUAUCAUGGCUCUCAAACUGAAUUUCAAAUAAAUGUUGGAUAGAAAUCUUUAAUAUCUGACUGCAGAUACUAUCAAGAUCAGUGCUUCAGCGUUUGAUGUCCUUUCUUUCAAAAAGCCAGAGAAGUUUUUACAAAAAAGAGGCUCAUUGCCAUAAUUGUUAUUAAUAAUUGGAGGAAAUGUUGGGAGUAUUGACCUCACUAGACGCUUUUACUAUGCUACAGCACAUAAAGAAUCCCUUUCAUUGGAGCAUUUAGCUGCUGUGAGGGUCACAAUGUAUAUCAUGUGAAUCUUAUUCCCUCUUCCUACACCAUAUGUCAUGUGCGUAUACGCAGCUUCAUUUUAAUUUCCUGCUACAUGUGGCAAAUUUGUGAAGUGGAAAACUUGUUCAAGUAUUCUUGUUGAACCAGUUAAGGUUGAUACUUCAGAGCAAAUUCUGGAACGUGAAGCAAAGACUUUCCUAAAUAAACAGAUUCAACCCAUGGUGUGUUGAACUUUAUUAACAUGGAAUAGUCAGCAUUUUAGGAAUAAAGGGAGAACACUUUGGGCAAGUAUGCUUUAUAAGCCUUGUGUUAUGAGUGAAACAAAAAUCAGAAGAUUAAGGCUAAUUAUUUGUAAAUUGUUUUCUGAAUGAUAGGUCAAAUUAAAGCAUAUUGUAGGUAGCAACCAAACAAAUGCAUUUGUGAAACUGGGCCAUGCUGUAGGUGCAUAUUUUUGGAGGCAGUGCUGGGUAAGCAUAUAGGGAGGGAGAUUUGCUUAAAAAAUCACAGUAGAUGCACGCCACUUCAUUAUAUAAGCGAAUACCACAGAAAAAUGAUUGGUAGAAAUCCUUACCGAGCACUUUCAGAAGUCAGGCAAAAGUCAUAAAUGCAACUAGGUCCUCGUUGGACGAGUUGGUUAUGUGCUCGACUACCAAUCUCAGGGUCCGGGUUCGAUUCCCCGCUCUGCCAACGAGGAAUCAGAGGAAUUUAUUUCUGGUGAUAAAAAUUUUUUUCUCUAUGUGGUUUGGAUCCCACAAUAAGCUGUAGGUCCCAUUGCUAAGUAACCAAUUGGUUCCUAGCCAUGUAAUUAUAUCUAAUCCUUCGGGCCAGCCCUAGGAGAGCUGUUAAUCAGCUCAGUGGUCUGGAUAAACUAGAAUAUACUUAACAUAAAUACAACUGUAUGAGGUACUAGGAGACAAUUAGGUCACAGUUUAAUGGAACAACUGUUGUAAGGUUUAGGCAAAAAAAAUGUAGCUAACCUAACUUUAGUACAAAGUACUGUACAUGGUGGUUACUGCCAAUUAUAUAACAUGGCCAUUAAUUCUGUUUAAUGACCUCAUCCAAAAGCCUUGUGCUACCAUCUUCCCAACUGAGUGAAAGAACUGUGUAAUGUACAUAUUAGUUCUGAGGUACAGGGCUGAGGUACUUAUUUCCAUGCUGACUUAGUCAUGCCAUUUCAUCAACAUGGGAGACAGUCAAACUGUAGUCAAAUGCUGUAACUGCAAUGGUCAUUAAGAUUAGUCACUAGUAGAUGAAUAUUAAGGUAAGAAAAGGGCAAAGGCGAUGAAAAAGUGUAAAUGUUGUAAGUAAGAAUGGGAAAGUGCAAGUUUAUGACUAGUCUUGUGAGCUUUGCCUGUACCAGCUAGAGAAAGUUUGUGAGACCUUUGACUGCUGUCUUUGAAUGGCAUUUAUAAGUGGAAUUGCAUGUUGGGAGAUUGUUAUCAAGGAUUGCAUUUGAAACUUAUCAUUUUUCCUUGGGAAUGAUUGAUCUGCCAAAAAUACUUGAGAAUGUUAGACUGACUAUACCUCCACCCUGUAGGUAUACAUUACUUACUAGUGGAUUAAAGUAGAACCUUGAACAUUUCAGUCAAGUUAGUGUUUUUUUUAUGGUUACACAUAUGCAGUAUUUGUUUAUACAAGUUUAAACUGCUAGAUGAAAGGUUUAGGAAAAGCUGAAUUACAGUUUUAUUUUACAGUAGAGCCCCAUAUUUGUGGGGGAAGGGUACCAGACCCCCCUGCAAAUAGCUAAAAUCUUUGAAUACUUAAAACCCCUCUAAAAAUGCUCGUAACUGAGAAUUUUAAAAGUUUGAGCACAAAAAGUACAUUUAGUCAUGAAAAUGAUAUGGAAAUAGUUAUUUGAGAUUAUUUCUGGGUGAAAAAUACCGUGAAUGGGCGAAUUUUCCACAAAUAAUGGGUAUAUACGGUCUAUAGAAAAAUCCAUGAAUAGGUGAGUCCACGAAAUUGUGAGUCCGCAAAAAGCAGGGGUUAACUGCACUAUCCUGUUGAGGAAAUUUAGUAGUUUUGUUAUUUUCACUGACUGUUAGCUUCAAAUAGCUAUCAAGGCAAAAGAUGUCUUUCAGUCAUUUGUUCUUGUGCUGAAGAUGAAAAUUACUACAUCCUUGUUCCUGCUGCUUCUGUGCAGGUGUUUUUUUGACAGAUUUUUUGCUGUGUGCUGAAAAAUAACUUGGGUAGUUUCAACACUGUCAAAAUAUGCAUUUGUCAGUGAUUAAUGUAGAGUCAAAGAACACUGAAAAAUUUUCUUCUCAGACAUAAUUGGUUAGAACUGUGAGACCAUGAUGUCACUCAGAAUGGCAUUCAUCCAGGUCAGUCAAAGGACCAGCAUAGUGUCAAGCCUUUAUACUACAUGUUUUUGGAGAACAGUCAAACUGUAUAAUUUUUGAACUAACAAUUUCCCCAACUAGUGUGAAUGACUCUUUAUGAGGGCUAUAUCAUUGAGAUUUAAUUGUAAGUAGCAAAGACUGACUAUGAGCUGACAAAGUGUAAUUUAAACAUUUUUGCUAAUAAAUUAUGACCUAAUGACAGUAAUAAGAAUCGGUAAAACCAUGGCAAUGAAUACUAACUAUUAUUGCUGUUUAGUAUAAUUGAAUGAUAGCAAACACAGGAAUUAGCACUUGUGGGAUAGUUACCAAGUAAAACUAGCUAGUAUUUGCCUGCCAAAUGAUUGAUGGUUUAGUUAUGUCAUUGUAACGAUAACAUGAUGAUCCAAUGUUGUCAUUGAACAAUGUGGCUUAGCAUCAACUUGGCAAUAAGUGACAAGAUUUCCAUUUCGAUAGCUGAAGUUAUUUCAGUUUACGAUCUACUAAAAUUUUGAAUUAAUUCAUCAUCUGGUAAUACAAUUUGAAAUUGGUUGCUGUGAGUGUGAUGAUUAAUGCCAACUUGGUAAUUGGUGGUAUUAAAGAAGACUACAGUUUUAUACCCUCACAUUAAAAGUUCAAUUUCAAAUUAAAAAGAUAAAAAUCGAAUUAAAAAAGAUCUAAUUCAAAUAAAAAAGGUGAAAAUCACAUUAAAAAGAUGGACUUGAUUUUGUAAUGAUGGAAUUCUAUGCUUGUCGACAACUGUUCAUAGCCCAUAGCAAAUGGUGCCAUACAUUACUGGUCACAAUCAUACUUUGGAGUUUUUGUUCCCUACUGUUGAAGUUUGCAUAUAUAAAUCAUGUGCAACACACACACGUGUGUGUUUGUUGCGCAUGAUUUAUAUAUGCAUACUACUACAACAGUAGGGAACGAAAACUCCAAAGUAUGAUUGUGACCAGUAAUGUAUGGCACCAUUUGCUAUGGGCUACGAACAGUUGUCGACAAGCAUAGAAUUCCAUCAUUACAAAAUCAAAAUUAGGCUAUGCUUUUUGCUUUUUGCACAUGUACAACAAUUUGAAAAAAAUUUUUGUAUGGAGGUACAUUUAAUUUGAAAUUGAUUUAUUUUAAUUUGAAGUCCAUCUUUUUAAAUUUUAUUUUCACCUUUUUAAAUUAUAAUUCGAUCUUUUUUAAUUUGAUUUUUAUCUCUUAAUUUGAAAUUGAACUUUUUUAAUUUGAAAUUGUCCUUUUUUUAAUUUGAGGGUAAAAAGCUGUAGUUAUGUACCUUUAGUUUAACAAUGGCUAACUUUUUUUAUAACUAAAAGCCCUGAAGAAGACUGAUGGGACAUUGAUGUUAUUCCAAAGAUGGAGAAUAUGAUCGUCAUCUUAAUGAUUCCUAGGAUGAAUAACUUAUUAGAUCUCCCAUUUCUGAAACCUUAAGUAAAGCACAUACUAUGUUUCCUUGUAUAGUUUGGAUACAUAAAAAUAAUAGCUAGAUUUCAUCUGAACUUGUUCUGGCAAGCAGGUACUACUGUAUGUACUACCAUUUGACAACAUUAUUAUGCAGUUACACUUGAAUGUAAUUAUUGCAGCAUAUGACUUACAUUAUGAGAAAAAGAAGGAAGACCAAAGACCCCUACUUACCAGUUUCUGAUAUCUUGAAAAAUGUCCAAAAUUUUGUUAUAUGUAAACUGGUGACCUUGAAAAUUAUGAAGAUGAAAAAUAUUGUGGAAAUAAUCACCAAAAUACAGAACCUACAUUUUCCACUGAAAACUUUUUGUAGGUAAAUUUUGAAGAUGAAAACCGAGUGGCUCUGCAUCUGAGGAACUAUAAUGAAAUGUGAAGGCAUUAUUAUAUGAACUUGGAAAAUUCAGUGGCACACCUUAUUAAUAUCCAGAUCCAGAAUAUCAAAGAUUUUUUGCCUCUGUAUUUAAAUGGUAUGAGGUUUGUCUUCUGAUAAUUUAGCUUUUCCAUUUUAGACAAAUAAAAUUAACAUGAUGUAUUCACCAAAGUGUUUAAUUAUAAACACUAUAAAUCACUUGACAUUGGCAUGAAUGAGGAAAUUCAUUGCACUUCUUGGGCUGUCUCAUAAAGUCAAGCACACCCUAUGUUGGUGAUUUGCCAUUUCCUUCAGGAUUUCGAAAAAGCUGCAUCCUAGUAUGUGGUGACAUGACUGUUUCCUCUGCAAUUCUGUGACUCUGGCUUUUAUUGCGAGUUGAGGAGGUUUUAUUUCCGUCCUGUUUGAGCAGUACAGAAGUACCUGACGAUGAGGCCCUACACGUCUGCUUGUGUCGCCUUCUCCAAGGUAACUGAUGUGCCUUAUCAAAUAUUCUGCAGGAAUGCUAUAUCCCUUUGGUAAAUAGUCAGUUACAAGUCAUAUCAGACAGAUUUUGAUGAAUAGUGUUGUCACUAAGGUCAAUAGCUAUGGAACAUUUGUUUCAUGCAUAAGUAUAUGUCUGUUGUUCAGGUAGAGUGAUGCAGGCUUAUUGGUGAUGACUUGAAAUUUAUUUAAGAUAUCUUUGUAUUUAUCAGUACAGUAUACUAGUAGCAACUGCUACAGGAAUAGAACAGCUGGCAAAGAACUGUAGCUAAAUAGAAGCCCUAUGACUUAAGAGAGACAUUGCAAAUUAUACAAAUACUUUAAUCAGAUGAUGUGGACAUAUUACUUAGUGUAACAUUGUCCCUUAAAAUGAGGUCAUUCCAGCCAUUAAAGAUUCUCUGCUAUCCACAGUUGUUAAUAAUUAACAGCAUAAUUACCUCCCUCCCUAGAAUGGUACUUGAUAUAGUAUCUGCAACUUUUAGUUUUUGUAUAUAUUUAUAACUUAUUGAGAGAACUACUUGUUCUGCACUCAGAUCCCAUUUUUUCAACUCCUCUAUUUACUGUACUGCUCCUAUAGCACAAGAGAACAUCUUGGAGUUAAGCAAGUAUACUGUGAAGCUAUAAUAUAAUUGUCCUCUCAAAUUUUCAUUAUAUGGUGAUUACAGCUUAUGUUUUGCAGAAGUGUGUCUGAAAUAGAAAAUUUAAUAAAAAUUCUGGGAUUUUUGUUAAAUGCAAGAGGAAGAUUUUUAUUUUGACUUUAGUGCUUUUGCUCUAGGAAGUUGACAUUUUUCUAUCUACUUUGAGGAUUUUAAAAUUUUAUCCUUACGGCAUUAUUCUACGCACUUCACUUCAUAUUGCAAGAAAUAUGACAUAUAUAACAUCUACAGUUAGUCUCAGUAGUGUGGUUGAAAUUGGAAUAAUUUUUUAUUUCAAAUCUUAUUUAUGAAACUUUUCGGUUGCAAGUGUGAUUAUGCAAAAGCCCUGUACUAGUAGAUUUAAAGCUUCUUAAAACUAUGUUUAUUUUCAUUACUAUUAAUUUUAUUGAGAGGUGCAUGGCUACUUUCAACCAUUUUUUACAAUAUUUUUUAAGUUAAAAACCAAUCUUUUGCCCUGAGUAGCAUAUUGUAAACUUUUUGCAAUGGCAUUUUAAUAUCAGUGCUAUUUCAUAUCUCUCAUUCUACAGCCCAAUCUACACUUUCUAGCCUUUCUCCCUCUAUCCAGAAGUGAAACACAAUUUCAAUAUAGUAGAUAAAUGUACAUUAUCUGCUAACAAACUAUGGAAAUUGCUGUCUUCUCAAACCAGAUCCCUUUGUGACAGUUCCUUUUAAGGUGUGAACUACUUUCAUUUUCCUUCAAGUAAAUAAAUCAUGCCAUACAGUACCUUGCAUUAUUUUUCCUUUGCAUCUCUGUUGAUUGUAGUUUCUCUCUCUCUCUCUCUCUCUCUCUCUCUCUCUCUCUCUCUCUCUCUCUCUCUCUCUCUCUCUCUCUCUCUCUC